UAAUAUUUAUCACCAACCAGAAUCUAGUAGAACUAAUUCUAGAUGCAUCAAAAUAGAACACACAUGUCAUGUUAAGCAAUCAAAAACUUUGUUUUCAAACAUUACCACUAAAAGUCCAAAACAAUGAAAUUAUUGUCAAUAAUCUAUUUGACUUGUACCAUCACCAAACCAAAUUCAUGUUCAUGUACUGUUUCUUUUCUUCUCUCUUUAUUACUCUUUCACUGCAAAAAAAACUUCAGUUUCUAACUUACACUUCAGUUUCUACAUAUUCUUCAUGUGAAUUCUAAACUCCAAAAAAAUCAUAAUUUUUUUUUUCUUCCAUGGAUACUAAAAAUCUGAUUCUACAUUUCAUUUUUCUCAUUUUCAUUCCCUUUUCAUUCUCUUCUUUCAUUCCUAUAGAUAACUAUCUUCUCAACUGUGGAUCAAAUACCAAUUCUACCCUUUUCAAUAGGCUUUUCAUUGGUGAUGAUGAUAAAACCAACAAAGAUUCAAUUUUUCUCUCUUUAGACAAAUCAAUUUCCUUAACCAACCAAAACCCAUCUCCAAAUUUGCCUACUUUGUAUCAAUCUGCAAGAAUUUUCACCAAAAUGGGAAGUUACAGAUUCAUGUUGAAGCAAAAUGGUACCUUCUUUGUUCGUUUUCAUUUCUUUACUUUUAAGGCUCAAGGCUUUGAUUUAAAAGAUGCAAACUUUAGUGUCAUGGUUGGUGGAAAAUUGGUUAUGAGUAAUUUCAAUGUCAAUUUCAAGCAUAGUAAUGAUAGUACUAAUGAUGCAAUUAUUAAAGAGUUUAUUUUGAAAGUGGAGUCAAAUUUACUUGAAAUUGUGUUUAGACCUGUUAAUGAUUCUGGUUUUGGUUUUGGUUUUGUUAAUGGUAUUGAAGUGUUUUCUGCUCCUGAAGAUUUUGUUGUAGAUUAUGGUACUAGGUUUGUUGGUCCUUUUGGUGUUAAGGAAUACAAGAACCUUUCUUACAAUGUUUUAGAAACUAUUCAUAGGAUUAAUGUUGGAGGUAUGACAUUAACUCCUUUUAAUGAUACCCUUUGGAGGACUUGGAUUCCUGAUAAGGAUUUUCUGAUUUUUAAGGAAGCAGCUAAGACUGUAGUGAGCACUCACACACCAGAUUAUCAGAAAGGAGGUGCGACUCGAGAGAUCGCGCCUGAUAGUGUUUAUAUGACAGCUCAGGAGAUGAAUAGGGAUAAUCAAUCCAUUUUAGCUUCACAAUUUAACAUAACAUGGAACUUUACGGUAGCUUCUGGUGGUGUUAGAGUUCGACAUUUGGUUCGGUUGCAUUUCUGUGAUAUUGUUAGUCCUGCUCUUAAUUUGCUUUACUUUGAUGUGUAUAUCAAUGGAUAUUCUGCAUAUAAGGAUGUUGAUUUGUCGUCUCUUACUUUCCAUAUGCUUGGAUCUCCGCUUUAUGUGGAUUUUGUUGUUGAUUCUGAUGAUUCGGGUGUUAUUCAAAUAAGUGUUGGACCUUCUGAUCUUAGUAGUUCAAUGAGGAAGAAUGCGAUACUUAAUGGCGCAGAGAUAAUGAAGCUUGUGAAUGUUAAUGAUUCAGAUUCAAUUGUUGCUCCUAGGAAAAAAAGGUUGGUGUUGGUGUUGGUUGGUUCGAUUUUUGGAGGAAUUGUUGUUUUACUUUUAGUCGUAGCUGUUUUUGUAGUUUGUUGGAGAUGCAGAAAGAAGAAACCGAAACUAAGGUCAGUUGAAAGUGUAGGAUGGACGCCGUUACGCGUGUUUGGAGGAAGUUCGCUUAGUAGAAUGUCUUAUCCGUCUCCCAGUUCUUACGGACAUUUCAGUUUGAAAAUCGCUUUUGCUGAUAUACAAUUAGCAACUAACAAUUUCGAUGAAAGUCUAAUUAUAGGAUCUGGUGGAUUCGGUAUGGUUUACAAAGGAGUUCUAAGAGACGGUGUGAAGGUUGCUGUCAAGAGAGGCAUGCCAGGAUCAAGACAAGGCCUUCCAGAAUUCCAAAGCGAAAUAACAAUUUUAUCCAAAAUUCGACAUCGCCAUCUUGUUUCGCUAGUUGGAUUUUGCGAAGAAAAUUCAGAAAUGAUACUUGUCUAUGAGUAUGUCGAGAAAGGUCCACUCAAAGAUCUUUUGUAUGGUUCAGAAGGACUUCAACCUUUGUCGUGGAAGCAGCGUCUCGAGAUAUGCAUCGGUGCAGCUCGAGGUCUACACUAUCUUCACACCGGUUUUUCUCAAGGAAUCAUCCACCGUGACAUUAAAUCUACCAACAUUUUGCUCGAUGAAAAUUAUGUUGCUAAGGUUGCUGAUUUCGGUCUUUCAAGAUCCGGACCUUGUAUCAAUGAAACUCAUGUGAGUACCAAUGUGAAAGGUAGUUUUGGUUAUCUUGAUCCGGAGUAUUUUCGAAGACAACAACUUACGGAUAAAUCAGAUGUUUAUUCGUUCGGCGUUGUUCUUUUUGAGGUUCUUUGUGUUAGACCAGCUGUUGAUCCACGACUCGAUAGGGAACAAGUAAAUUUAGCAGAAUGGGCUCUUCAAUGGCAAAGGAAAGGUAUGUUAGAGCAUAUUAUUGAUCCUUAUCUUGUCGGUAAGAUCAAAGUAAGCUCAUUGAAGAAAUUUGGUGAAACCGCGGAAAAAUGUUUGGCGGAAGACAGCGUUGAUAGGCCGUCUAUGGGUGAUGUGUUAUGGAAUUUGGAAUAUUCACUUCAGCUUCAAGAACGUGAUCAAGAAGUGAAUGUCACAUAUGAUGAUAGCAUUGAUAAUGCAGAAUUGAAUGUUACAUCUUCCAUAAUUCCUAGGAAUCCUCCUAACAGCAUGAGAAUAGAGGGAGAUUAUGAUAACAAUUACUCUAAUGUAAGUGCUACCAAAUUUUUUUCACAACUAAUGACUAGUGAUGGUAGAUAGAGAUAGAUAUGAACUCUCUUAGACUCUGUUUGAAUAUUAUAAAAUGAGCGGAAUAAAAGAGUUUUCAAACAAUUUUUUGAGUAUUUUAUGAUGGAAAGGAACAAUAAUGAGUACUAACAUGUACUUAUGGAAUGCAGUGAUAGGCAAGGACAUUGUUUGGAUAAUCUUUUUUUUCUUUUUCUUUCUUGUUGUGUGAAAUUUAAGAAAUGCUAUAAAAUUAUCAAAGUGUAACUUUAUCUAAUGUAGUUGCUUUUUAUUUACUCAA